UACUCCAAGAUAAGAGCUUUAUUUUUUAUUUUCUUUUAAGCAAGAAAAACUUCGGUGGGUAACAGUAUAAUAAUAAUAAUGGGAGAUUGCUAAAAUGCACCCAUUUCUGCUUUGGAUGCUUCUCUUGCUCUUGGGUUUCGUGCUUGACCCCUCCAUCAUCUCUCUUUAAUGCCCUAUCCAUCUUUCUCUCUUUAAUGCCUUUGUAAAAGCAUAGAUUUACUGGAAGCAUACACUUGGAAAAGAGUGAAGAGAUUUUGGUUGUUUUUGUUGUUUUCUCUCUUGAAUCCUUAUGGGUUUUUAUUCGUAGAUGAUAAUCAGUCCUGUGUUGAUGUUUCCAAACCGAAUGUGGAGUAAUGGGUAGUCGUUCCUUUUCCCAGUAAGAAAAGAAAAGAAAAGAAAAGAAAAGAAAAGGAGAUGAGGCGUCAAAAUCAGGAAGAAUAGCAGAAUCAUGAUUUGGAGUUGAAUGCCUUCUUCUAUCGGUUAAUCAGAGAAGGCAAUCACACAAACUUGGAGACAUCUACUAGCAGCUUUUUGCGUAUUACGAGGAAUCGAGGGCUGUAUCUGAGUUUUGCUCACUCUAUCAUGCCUUCAAGUUAAACUUGUAGUUUAACUUUCUGAGUGUUGAAGAAAUGGGUUGUGUAGCAUCAAAGAUUCAAAAGGAAGAGAGAGUGCAAAUUUGCAAGGAGAGAAAGAGGCUAAUGAAACAAUUGGUAAUACUUCGAGGAGAAUUUGCAGAUGCCCAAUUGACUUAUUUGAGAGCACUGAAGAAUACUGGUGUGACCCUUAGACAAUUCACUGAAUCAGAGUCAUUAGAGCUUGAAAAUCCCUCUUAUAGCCAGGCAUUGCCUCCUUCCCCUCCUCUCCCUCUACCUCCUUCCCCUCCACCACCUCCUCCUUUUAGCCCUGAUUUAAGGGGGUCCAUUGAUAAUCAGAGAGAAGAAAUAGAUCAAGAAGAAAGCAUAAUACUUGAUGAGGAUGAUUGUUGUACACCACCACCUCCAAUUUAUAGUUCCUCAUGGAAUUGGGAAUCAGAAUCCCUUGAGCAACCUUUUCCACUAAAUCGAGGGAAGAACAAAAUGGUGGAAACAGCAAUAGAUGAGGAAAACUGGGCAGAGGCUAAGGCAGACUUUGAGGAAGAAGAUCGGGAAGAAGAGUAUGUUGGUAAAGUUCUUUCUGUUUCACUUCUCCAGAAGCAGCAGAAACAGCAGCCUGCAAAAUUGCUUGAUGAUGACUCAUCAGUGGUGAGCUGUUGUACUAAAGAUACUGCAGACAUGGCUAUGGUGCAUUGGAGGAGUAAGAAGACCUUGGAAGGUAUUGUUAAGGAGUUAGAUGAUUAUUUCCUUAAAGCAUCAGCUGGUGGAAAGGAAUUAGCUGUCCUUAUGGAUGUUUCCAAAGGGGAUACUUCUCUGCAUCAGAAUUCCAAAGAAAACAAAAGGAAAAGGAGUAAUUCAGCCAAGGUCUUCAGUGCACUGUCAUGGAGUUGGUCUUCUAAGUCGCUUCAGUUUGCAAAAUAUGCUACUGAGGUGUAUAAUCCCAGUGAAUCAUGCAAACCUGGGGCUCAUUGCGUCACACUUGACAAACUAUAUGCUGCAGAGCAGACACUUUACACGGAAGUGAAAGAAGAAGAAAUGACCAAAAUAGAGCUUGAGAAAAAAUCCAUGUUACUCCUAAAACAAGAAGAAGAAAAUCAUGACUGGACCAAGACUGAAAAAACUCGACUGAGUGUUGAGGGUUUGGAAACUGAUUUGAGACGUCUGCAGCACUCAAUAAGUAAUACUUGUUCUUUGAUAUUGGAAAUCAUUGAUGCGGAGCUGUACCCUCAACUUGUUACAUUAACAUCUGGGCUGAAAAAUACGUGGAGAACUAUGUACGAGUGCCACCAAGUUCAGAAUCAUAUCUCUUUGCAAUUGAAUCAUCUUACUGAUAGUGAAGGUUUAGACUUGACUACGGACUAUCAUCGCCAGGCAACAACUCAGCUUGAAACUGAAGUCACCUCCUGGUACCUCAGCUUCUGCAAACUCAUAAAAUCUCAACAAGAGUAUGUAAGCACUCUCUGUAAGUGGAUCAAGCUCACUGACUGCCUUGUAGAUGACAAUCAACAUAGUAGUUGCUCUUCUGCAGUUCGUAGUCUGUGUGAAGAGUGGCAGCUUGUCUUUGAUAGAUUACCUGAUAAGAUAGCGUCAGAGGCCAUUAAAAGCCUUUUGGAUGCGAUCCAAACGAUAAUGCUGCAGCAGACAGAGGAAGACAACUUGCACAAAAAAUCUGACAAACUGGAGAAAAGAUUUCAGAAGGAAUUAUUCUCCCUUGCUGAAAUGGAGAAAAAGGUCAGUUGGAGUUCUAGUGAUGGAGAUGUGCAAUCUGAUUUGAGCCCUAAAAAUCCCUUGUCACUUAAGCGUGCCAAAACUGAAGCCUUAAAGAACCGGCUAGACUCCGAGAAGACUAAAUAUUUGAAUUCAGUUCAGGUUACCAGAUGCAUGACUCUAAACAAACUGCAAACAGGCCUCCCCAGUUUAUUCCAGGCAUUAAUGGGAUUUUCAAGUGCUUCUGCUCAGGCCUUUGAGGCUGUCCACAGCCAUGGAAGACCAGCAGUUGAUUGUGAUGCAUCAGAAAGCUCAAUGAGCUAAAUUUGUUAGAAAGGGGAGAUGAAGUGGGCACUGGCUGCACACUUAGUCCUAGGUGUAAGAACUUUGUGACAUUCAAGGAUUCAGAUCAAACUUACGAUCAAAUUUAAAUUUUGUUUACAGUGGCAGAGGUUACUGUUUUAAUCAAUUGUCCUACACCUGAGAAGCUCUGCACCUGCAAACUGCAUUCAAAUGUAUUUUUCUCUGCAUUAUUAUGAUUGAGGAAAUUGAUAUUUGGCAUAUAAUAUACUGAUUCUCUGUCCCUA